AUGGCGAUCGUGAGCGCGUCUAGAUGCGCAGCGGAGACGGAGCAGGGAGCGCACGUCUUCGAGAUCACCGGGUACAGCCUGCACCGGGGCCUCGGCGUCGGCCGCUUCCUGCGCUCCGCCACCUUCGCCAUCGGCGGCCACGACUGGUCCGUGCUCCUCGGCGCAGCGGCGCCGGUGCGGGCGACCUCCUCGCUCUGCUUCUUCCACCGGGUCACCCGGAUGUUCUCGUGGUCGUCCUCGCCGGCCAAGUUCAACUUCGGCCGCCCGACGUCCUGGAGGCACUGCUUCUUCUCCGUAAGGAGGAGCCUGCUAGAGGGAUCCGGCUACGCUGCCGGCGACCGCGUCAUGAUCAAGUGCGUCGUUGCCGUCGUCAAGGACCCACACAUUGCUCCAGCUACACAGCUGCCGCCGUCGGACAUCACAGCGCACCUCCGGAGUCUGCUGGAGAACAAGGAGCACGCGGACGUGAAGGUUGGAGGGGAGGAAUUCCCUGCUCACAGGCUCGUUCUAGCGAUGCGGUCGCCUGUGUUCAAGGAAGAGCUCUACGGGCUGACAAGGGAAAAGGAUACGAGCCGCAUUGUCGUCGACGACAUACAGUCGUCUGUCUUCAGGGCUCUCCUGCAUUUUGUCUACACUGAUUCCCUGCUGCCUCCCAUGGAUGCUCCUCCUCCUGGAGAUGACACGAAAGAGAUGAUCCAACACUUGCUCGCAGCCGCGGAUCGGUAUGCUGUACAAAGGCUCAAGUCACUGUGCGAAAGCAUCCUCUGCAAGGGGAUUGACACCAGCUCCGUCAUAACUACUCUGGGUUUAGCCAAUCGACAGAACUGCAUCGGCCUUAAAGAUGCUUGCAUUGAGUUCAUCGUCUCCUUGCAGAAAACAGAUGAUGUGGUGGCAUCCCAAGGCCACACUCAGCUCAAAAGAACUUGUCCAGUUGCUUUAGUAGAAACGUGGGAGAAACUUAACGGAACGUGA